AUGUCUACGGUUGCAGCACCAGCUUCCAUGAAGAUCACAAAGCGGCCGUGGUCACAGCGUGGGCACGCAGACCACGGUUGGCUAUACACAUACCACACCUUCUCCUUCGCCUCUUACUACGAUCCCAACCACGAAAGCUGGGGUCCACUCCGCGUAAUCAACGAAGACAGGGUCAAGGCCGGUACAGGCUUCGGCACACACUCCCACGCCGAAUUCCUCAUCUUCUCCUACAUCGUCUCCGGCACUCUCGAACACAAGGAUAGCAUGGGCAACCUCGAGAACCUGCAGCGCGGCGAAGUCCAAUUCACAUCUGCCGGUACUGGCAUCCGCCACUCAGAGUACAACCGCAACCGCGACAGCGAAUGUCAUUUCUUGCAGAUCUGGGCCAAGCCGAACAAGAGAGGACUCAAGCCGCACUACGAGACCAAGAAGUUUACCGACGAGGACAAGGCGGAUAAACUGGUCAGGAUCAUGGAGUAUACCGAGAGGCUGGGUAAUGACAAGAAGAGUAUCGGAUUGCAGGCCGAUUUGAGUAUGGAUGCAUCGAUUUUGUCACCGGGGAAGAGCGUGGUGCAUGAUGUGGUUGCCGAGGGAAAGAGGAAGUUGUUUGCGCAUGUUGUCAUGGGUGGGAGGACACAACCCAAGGAAGGAGGUGCUAAGAUUAAGAUUGGAGAGACCGUUUUGGGAGAGGGGGAUGGCGCGUAUAUUGAUGGGCUGUCUGGCCCGGGGAAGGUUGAGAUUGAGAGUGUGGGCGACAAAGCAGCAGAGUUUUUGCUGUUCGAUAUGGGCCCUGAAGAGAUGUAG